UUAGACAUUAAGUCAUUUUAUUUUAAUGACAGCGUCAAAAUACCUAAUUAGAGUGUUAUAAAAAUCAUCGUGUCAGUUUAAAAAAGUUCUUUAUCUGAUUAAAAUGAACAAAGUGACAUCUAAAAAAGCCUUUCCUAAAGCCCCAAAAAAGUCUUACGCCAAAGGACAGAAAAGAAAAUACGAAAAGGACAAUUUCAACUCGCCGAAAAAUAAGAAAAUGAAGAAAGGCAGACAGCCUAAGCAAAAAUCGAAUAGAUAUUUGAACGAAUAUGCUGAAUAUGAGUCGAGCAGAGUGGAUUUGAGGAAAAUACAGCCACAUCUUCAGAGAAUACCAUCAGAAAGUUCAGUUAUCUACGUUAAAACUUAUCCGAAUUGCGAUAACAUCCCUGUCAUCGAUUUAACUAAAAGUUCUCAUAGCAUCUUGUACACGGCAAUGAACUCAAAGAGUUUUCCCAGCAGCACGUCACUGAAGUUGAUUUAUAAAUCGAAAAAUUUCACUAACAGAAUUAACAGGCCUUAUUCUUCAUCUCUACUAGCAUUACCUUUUAAAAAGAGUGUUGAAUCUUGUACCAAUAAUAAAAGUUUGACAAAUUUGACCAAAUGUAGCAAGGAAAGACUGGCAAUCUUGGACAUUCCUCCAGCUUACUUUGAUGAAGAUACUGAUGGAAGUGAGUAUGCUUUUCAUGAUUUAUCUAAAGCAGAUUUGAACGAAGAAGACAAAACUAUCGUGGAUAGUGUUGUUAAUAGGGAAGAUGUUCAUGAUCCAGCUUACAGUUUGGAGACCAAGCAACCUAUUGAGAAUAUGUGUAAGAUGUAUGGGGUGGGUUCCGGAGAUAGAUUUGAUUGAUUUGUGUCGAUAUUUCUUAAUAAAAAUAAAGAAUUUAUUUUUU